AUGAAAACCUCCAUUCCGUCCGACGUGUGGGAGAAGAAGAAGGCUCUCAUUGCUCGCCUGUACAAGGACGAGGAAUGGCCACUGAAGCAGGUCAUCAAGCAGAUUCGCACCACCGAUUUCAACCCGAGUGAAACCCAGCUGCGCAGUCGCCUGAAGAAAUGGAGGGUCACCAAGCCGUCUCGCCAGACCCGCAAGAAGCCCGCCACUGGACAGGCCGACAACGACGACGAUGAGGAUGAUGUGCAGGAGGAGAUGUCGCCCGUGGAAACAAAAAAUAUUGCUUUGCAGACCCCAACACCCCAAUCACAGUCUUCCAUUUCUCACCAAGAUGCUCCCUCGAUCCGCCGCGACUGGUACUCCUCCGAGGCCUGGGCUCAGCCAUCACAACAAGAAUCGCAGCCGGAAAUCACACACCACCAGUCCGAACAGGCAGAGAUCGCGGUCACUUCAGCAUGGUCCGCCCCGGUGUCUGCUGCCACUCAGCUCGCCAUGACCACAGACCAUCACGUCCAGCAGAAUCCGGGUAGCCAGAUCAGCACUCCUAUAGUUUCCCAUUUCCCUACUCACAGUCUCCCCACCGCCUACGACCUUGCCCAACACUCUCCGCAGACCACUGUUCCGACUACACACAUGGUGUCGCCCUCUUACGUGGCGUCUUACCCCAUGCCUCAAAUGUCAUACCCGCAAUCCGCACCCCAAUCAGCUGUUCAAUGGCCCACGGCCAGCGACUAUAUCGAGCCCGAUCUCAGCCCGUCGGGACUGGCCAUGCCCCCUACAAACUGGUUCGCCGCUCAAUACGACGCAGCCAGCUGUGCGCCGCAUACCGCCUACUACCAGCGCGCCAUCAACCCCAUGGCCAAUUACUCCCAUAUGAUGCAGCCCAUGGCUCCUCAGGACAUGAGUUCAUACCAACCGCAACCGCAACCGCAACCGCAAAUGGCCGGGUUCCAGGGUUUCGACGAGAACGCGGCUAUUCGACCAUGGAGACGCGCCGUGUCUUCGCAAUUCCACCCCGAGACCGCUCCUGGACAUGUUCGCGUGGACCGCCAGGGUCGCCAGCGUAAGCCGGUCAUGGACCGAAAACGCAAGGAUUCGGCGGAGGAGAUGAACAUGGCACUUCAACAACAGCAACAACAUCAACAUCAGCAGCAACAGAUGCAGCCGGUCCAGUCCGCGCACCACGCCAUGCAGGCGGUCAUGCCGCCUCAAUACAUAACCCACCACUCCAUGAUGCCUCAUGACAUAUAUGCAUACACUGGCCACGAGCAAUUAUUACAGCGACCGAUUGGUCACUAA